UGACGUUACAGUAACCUACUUUAGUUCCAGCACAUCCUAGUCCGUGCUGUGCUGUGCUUAGUUGCGCGUCUCGUUGUAACAGCAGCUUCAACCUCACGCCUCACGCCUCACGUCUCACGCCUCCCGCCCAACACACAAUACAUUGGCGAAUCGCGGCAAUGGCAGAUUACGAUCGCAGACAAGGCGGCGGUGGUCAUAAUCGCAAGCGUCGCUUUAGAGAAGACGACGAUUUUGAUCGCCGACAGCCCCGUGGUGGACGCAGAUACGAUAACCCGCCGCCGGUUCAUUUCCGCAUCCGCAAACAGCUUUUGAGCUUGGCCGAGUCGCCUCUACGAAGAUGGCACGAGGAGGUACAGUCCAUUGCCAGCGCGGUGGCCGACAACUACGACAAGGAGGAAGUCAAGAGUAACUUCCUAGACCUGACGACACAGCUGGUGCUUGAGCAGCCGCUCAAGACGCCCUUCGUCGCAGCUGUCGUCCUAAUCGCCAACUCUCUGAGACCCGACGUCGCAGCCGAUGUUCUUGCCAAGAUCAUUCCCUUGAUUGAAGAGCAGAUCAACAUUGGUGAUUGGCGCAACGUCAAGCUCCACCUCAAACUCCUGGCCUGUCUACAGAGUUGUCUGGAGGGCGAUGGCUUGUUCCCUGUCUUGGAAGAGCUUUUGGACCGAGCCGUCGAACUCCAGACCAGCAGCUCUGAUGACACAAUCGGCACCGAACUCGUCAAGAUCAUUCUUUUGACCAUCCCGUACAUAAUGGCAUCCACCCCAGGACAGGGACAACAAAAAGCCGCCGAACUCAUGGACAAAACCGACGUCAUUGCCUCCGAGCCUCAUGCCCUGCAAGUUCUCAUCGAUCCCUACCAUCCCGAGAGCGGCGAAGAAAGCCCGGCCGCCAACGCAAGCCUGAUAGGGCUCUUGCAGAAGCAGUUGCAGAAUGAGGCCAACAACGGCUGGGAGCUGUCGUGUCUGCCUCGCCCAUGGAAGCUGCCUCUGGAAGAAGUAGAGCAGCAGGACAAACUGGACAGUGCUCAGAAGCAUGCUCUGCCAGCCAUUACCAUACCAGAGACUGUCAUUGCCGGUCCUAGGCCUCUGUUUCCCGAGAUCUACUUUUCUGUCUACAUGAAUCAGGAAAUUGAGUCGGUUCCAUCGCUCACGAAUAUCGCCGCAUCGCUCGUACGAGAUGCACUACUGGAUACCAUCAACAUUCUAGAUUUCAAUCGGAAUGUCACGGCACGAUACCUUAUCGACGUUGACUGUUACUUUGCCGACGGCACAUUCGUCAAGCGAGCAACUCCCUUCGACCGACUCCGGGAAAUCGAUGGUGACCGCUCAACUUGGAAGCCCGAAGACGUCGCCGUUGACGCAGUCUUCUCGCAGCUUUUCCAGCUACCGACACCCGAGCAUAAGCUGGUCUACUACCACUCGGUACUGACUGAGGCUUGCAAGAUUGCACCUGCAGCCAUCGCACCAAGUCUGGGCCGAGCAAUUCGUUAUUCGUAUCAGAAUCUUCAUAGGCUGGAUUUGGAGCUGGGCUACCGAUUCCUGGAUUGGUUCACACACCAUCUUAGCAACUUCGGCUUCAUGUGGAAGUGGGCUGAGUGGGCCGACGAUGUUGAUCUGCCAGACAUCCACCCUUGCAAGUCUUUCAUCGUAGGAGCCCUGGAUAAGGAGAUUCGCUUGAGUUUCGCACAACGAAUCAAGGGGACCCUCCCCGAGAAUUAUCAGGGUCUCAUUGGUCCUGAGAAAGAACAAGAUACCCCAGAGUUCAAAUUCAACGAUGAGCAUACACCUUUUUCUGCUGAAGGAAAGGAGUUGGCGACUUUGCUCAAGAAGAAGUCGCCGGAUGAAGAAAUCCAGCCCGUCGUCGAUCGCAUACACUCGGCUGCUCUCGAGCUGUCAAUUGAUCCUCUUGUCAGCAGCACCGAUGUCUUCGUAACUGCAGUCUGCUGGGUUGGUUCCAAGUCCCUGUCACAUGUUCUAGCUGCCAUCGAGAGAACAAAGGAUCGCCUGCUCGAUAUCGGCGCCGCCUCCGAGGCUGCCAGGCAGCAGAUCAUCACAUCCGUCAUGACUUAUUGGUCAGCACAUCCUGGCAUUGCCAUUACCAUUGUCGAGAAGCUGCUCAACUACACCAUUAUCACACCUGCCGCCGUGAUUGAGUGGGCUCUUGUUGGUGGCAAGGCAGGCUCCGGAGGCGACGCACUGACAAAGAGCUGGGUGUUCGAGCUGGUGUUCGAGACUGUAGUCAAGGUCACAGGCCGCGUGAGACAAGUUAGCACCGGGUCCGGCGGCAGCGAAGCCGAUGGUGAGGUCACAGCCAUGCGCGAGCUGUUCAAAGCCAUGGAGGAUGCUUUAGUCGGCUGGUCUGACGGCGCCAAGGACCAGAUGUUGGACCCUGCCGAAUCUAUGGAUGGCGCCGGUGGAAGGCGCGAGGAGAUCAUUCAGCGAUGGGGCGAGAGAUGGCUGCGUGUCUUCAGGCGCCGGUCUGCAAUUGAGGAGGCUCAUCUGCAAACAGGAAGUCAGUAGAUGUAGCCGGGCCUGGGCCGCUAACAUGCAAUGUAAUAUUGUUCUGGGAUGGUUUGGAGUUGUUGGGAACUCAGAUUCAGGCAUUUUUGUUUUUGUUUUUUGUCACUACCUUUGAAUGUAUCAUAGGACACCAAAAUCAAGGGCGAGUCAUGAGUCAAAUAGAGCACUAGAGAUGCUAUCGCUAUCUAAGCAUCUUUCUACCAAAUCCCUAUUUUGUGCC